GGUUGUACUUAUUUUUCACAUUCACAAUCCAGUAUUUGGUUGAGCAGAAGCUAGAAAAAAAAUCAAAAUUACUGUGUGAAACAACGAAAAAUUUUAAUAUUUUAAGUUUUUUUUAUAUAACUUAAAUUUGAAAUUAUGUAUUUGCCGGUAUUAAUAAGUGUGUUUGCAUUUUCGAUGAUUCCUGGAGUAUUUGCCAGCGUUGAAGAAGAUAUACUUAACGAACACAAUCGUUUGCGAAAGCUGCACGGUUCACCGGAUUUACAAUUAGUCGAUGUCAAGGAAUUGAAUCUCAUGAGCGAGACCGCUAAAGCGAUAGCAAAAUCUGGGGAGAAUGUACCCUAUGAGAGAUCUACUGGUGAGAUUUUUUGCAAGACACUUGAAAAGCCAGUUAAGUGUGUUCAGCAGUGGUACGAUGAAAUCAAAGAUUACGAUUUCAACAAACCAGGAUUUUCGGACAAAACUAAAUGCUUUACAGCGCUCAUUUGGAAGGCUUCAACCUCGUUAAGAGUGGGGACGGCCUAUAAUGCAACGAAUAAGUACAAUUAUGUUUAUGCGGCAUACGAACCAUUGGGUAAUAUAGAUGGACAAUUUGAGGAAAAUGUUCCAAGACGUAAUGGGUCGCCUUUAAGCGUAAAUCUGUUUCAAAUCAACAUUGGAAUCGUCCUAUUAUGCUCAUGGCUCCUAAACAAAAUUUUGGCCUAAUUCCAUUGAGUAAAGUGCUGGAAUACUUGGGCAGACGUAUUUAAAUUAUUUUCGGAUUUCGAGAUAUAUUAAGUAUUGAAUAAAUUUUGAAGUUUCAA